AUGGCACCGCCAGCCUUCGUUGGCUGCUGCGCCCCUUUCACUCUCGCCUCUGGUGUCAUUCUUUUCACAUUCGCAGCACUCAUGCGACACGGCAACUGGACCUUCGAAGUCAUCGCAGCGACGCAGGAAUGGGACCUUGUGGAGAAAGCUGCCUGCUGCCGCAACGCUGGUAUUUUCUAUAUUCUGCUGUCAGCUCUCCUUUGGCUGUGGUUCGGUGUAGCGCAGGUGGCUGGAAAAAAAUGGCGCAAAAGGCUAUCUCUACGGCUCUUUUCCCGCUCGCCUGAGAGUGACGAUAUCGAUGAUGAUGAUGAAGACGUGGGUGGUGGCGAGCGUGCCAGACGCCGGCUUCACAACGAAGCGAUGCCGCUUUUGCACAAAACUUCAGUGCCACAGAAAGACAGCCACGACCUCUUGGGUGGGCUCGAUUAG